AUGAGGACCCAGUUGCCUUCCGUCCUUCUUCUUCUCGCACUUCUUUCGGCCGUAACCCUUCAGUCUCAGGCCCAGAAGCCUGCGCCGUAUCCUCCACGGACGGGUGAAUGGACUCGGAUUAAGAAGGUGGACGAAUACCACGUCCAGGGCAUCGCUCGCUUCGCCGUGUCGGAGCACAACAAACAGACGGGGGAGGACCUGGAGUACGUCCGGAUUUACAGGGGCUACGUCGACGGGCCGUUCUACAAGCUCCUCAUCCAGGCCACGGACGACGUCAAGGCCCGCAGGUACGAGGCCGUAGUGAGGGAUAGGCUCUGGAACAAGCCUAAGGAGCUCAUCUACUUCAGGCGCUCGUCUUGA